AUGAAAAGAUUCUAUCGAACGAUGGCUAGUUUUCACAAGGAAUUAUUGGUUGCGCAAUUGGCUGUCAAAAGAGCCUCCAUAUUGACCAAGAAGAUCAGUGACGAGAUUGCUGCAAAGACCACGGGUGGAAUCUCCAAAACUGACAAAUCACCAGUCACCAUUGGCGAUUUUGCCGCCCAGGCAAUUGUGAUCAACUCUAUUUUGAAGAAUUUCCCCUCGGACGAGGUGGUUGGUGAAGAGGAUUCGGACCUCAUCAGGCAAACCCCGGGGUUGGGCCAGAACAUUCUCGAGCACAUCCAAAACGUCCAAAAUGAGGAUAAAUUCUCCAGUGACGUGCUGGGAGAGCUGUCAUCCAUCGACUCUGUUUGCUCGACUAUAGACAAGGGCGACUCCAAGGGAGGAAGCUCGGGACGUAUCUGGGCCUUGGACCCUAUUGAUGGAACCAAGGGUUUUCUUAGAGGCGACCAAUUCGCCGUUUGUCUUGCUUUGAUUGUCGAUGGAGAGGUUCAGCUGGGUGUGAUAGGAUGUCCUAAUUUGCUAGUUGAUUUAUCUAACCCCUCUGGGAAAAGAGGAGGGCUUUUCAGUGCUAUUAGAGGAAGAGGUUCAUACUACCAAAACCUGUUCGAGGAGGUGAAACCAUUGGAUGAUCAAAGACGUAUAUUCUUGAAUAACAAGGUCUCUUUUGCCGAGGCCAAGGUGUGCGAAGGCGUUGAGAAGGGCCAUUCGUCCCAUGAACUUCAGGCUCUCAUCAAGGAAGACUUGAACAUUGUUUCCAAGUCCUUGAACCUGGAUUCGCAGGUGAAAUAUUGCGCAUUGGCAAGAGGCGACGCUGAGAUCUACCUGAGAUUGCCCAAAGACGUGAACUACCAGGAAAAAAUCUGGGACCAUGCUGCGGGUAAUGUCCUUAUCACCGAGGCCGAGGGAGUCGUAUCCGAUAUAUAUGGAAACUCUCUGGACUUUGGUAAGGGAAGAACGCUCCAAUCGCAGGGUAUAGUUGCUUCUUCCAAGACUCUCCAUGCGGAUAUAAUAAAGACCAUCAAGAAGAUCAUUGGGGAGAAUGGCGAAGAGCUGCAAAAAUACUGUUGA